GGUCGAAUGUUGUGAACAGUUCAUCGUGGUGGGUCGUUCGUCGUGUGUACAGCAUUUCACUUGCUCCGGAUCAGUUCCUCCUGGCUGCUGUGCGGGAUUUCCAUUCUAUCCGAGAGUCAGUCCUUACUCAGCCACGAGUAUCCUCAAAAGAAUUCCGUAAGUAUCGGCCCAGUGAAUUAAAAUUGGUUGACACGGUACAGUUUCGGUACGAUCUAACCGGAGGAUGGCAAAUUUAAGAGACGGCCUAUUACUGGGAUGUGGUAAUCCCCUACUGGACAUUUCGGCCACGGUCGAUGAUGCUUUUCUUGCCAAGUAUGACAUGCUGCCAAACAACGCAAUUUUGGCCGAGGACAAGCACAUGCCCAUCUACAAGGAACUGGUUGAUAAGUGCAACGCCGAAUACAUUGCUGGCGGUAGUGUGCAAAACUCAUUUCGAGUAGCCCAAUGGGUUCUGCAGCGUCCUAAAGUUGCCGUCUUUUUCGGGUGCGUGGGUAAGGACAAGUAUUCGGAAAUUCUGUCGGAAAAAGCCACCGGUGAUGGAGUCAAUGUUCAGUAUCAGUACUGCAAGGAAACCCCAACGGGAACAUGCGCCGUCCUCAUCACUGGAACGCAGCGGAGUCUAUGUGCCAAUUUGGCCGCUGCCAAUAAUUUUACAAUCGAUCACUUGAAAACACCAGAAAACGAAAAAUUCCUGAAAAAUGCAGAAUUUUUCUACAUUUCUGGAUUUUUCCUUACCGUUAGUGUCGAAAGUAUUCUCACCGUGGCUAAAAAUGCCCUGUCCCGGGAUAAACUGUUCAUGAUGAACCUAAGCGCACCGUUUAUUCCUCAAUUUUUCAACGGCAAUCUGGAGCAAGUGUUUCCCUACAUUGAUAUUUUAUUUGGUAAUGAAACCGAAACGCUUGCCUUCGCUCAAACGCACAAUAUGGAAACUGAAGAUCUGAAGCAAAUAGGGCUUAAAAUUGCUGCAAUGCCAAAACAGAACGAGUCCCGAGAACGAAUUGUUAUCAUAACGCAAGGUAGCGAUCCGGUCCUGCUAGUUCGGGGUGGGUCUGUGAAGGAAUUUCCAGUAGAGAAGCUGGAACUGGCACAGAUAGUGGACACGAACGGUGCUGGUGAUGCUUUUGUCGGUGGCUUCCUGGCACAAUUGGUACAAGGACAUAGUUACGAUAUUUGUAUCAAGUGCGGCAUCUGGGCCGCAAGACAAAUCAUUCAAAGAUCUGGCUGUACAUUCGAAGGUGUACCGGAUUUUAGAGCUUGAAGUGUAGAGACUUGCGAUUGCCGGAUCUUCAGUUUCAUAAAUAAUGAGGACCUCUCGAAACUUGUCCACCAACUGUAACAGCUGCGACCGGCGUAAGUUUUCAAAGUACAUUAUUUCCUCCAGAUGGUGCUCGCCUUUGAAAUAACCUGCCUGCCAAAGCCGCACCAUCAGCGAUAGAUCUUCGGAGUUCAAUGCAGCGGGAAUUUUCAUCACAGCCUUCCUAUCACACUCAUCAAAAGCCGAUAAGAGUCGUUUGAUUUUAUCUUCGUCUUCCAUCGAAGCUAUCGAUUCGUCGUUAUCCGUACUGGACGCCGUUUGGCCAACACUUGAAUGACUGAUGUUGGAUCGAUGACUCGCUGACGAUGGUCUGGUGUUACUAGUGGCCGUUAGACUGUCCGGAUAUAUAUCCUCCGACAGGGAGUGCUUCCGAUUUGUCGGCACCGCUAAGGGUUGACUAGACGUGCAAGGAAGGGAACUACAAACGCUGAAAAAAGGCGAUUUAUUUUUUUUUUUUUUGAUUAUUAGAAGCAUUCGCAUGUAAAAAGCAUUUUACUUACGUUUGGUUUUUAGUUAUA